AUGCCUCCAAAGUUCGAUUCAUCUCAGGUGGUCGAUGUCUACAUAUGCGUCAUUGGAGAUAAGGUUGGUGUGGCCAGUUCACUCGCGCCCAAGAUCAGUCUUUUGGGUCUCUCCCCGAAGAAGAUUGGAGAAGACAUGGCUAAAGAAACGACCAAGGACUGGAACGGCACCAUCAAGCUCACCAUUCAACAAACGUAG